AUGGAGGAGGCUGAGAGGGGGGAUGAGGUCGAGGAGGUUGAGGUGGAGGUUGAGGAGGUUCCUGUGGUUGUUGAGGCUGAGUCUGAGGCUGCGGAUGAGGAGACCCCUGCUGUUGUUGUUGAGGUGGAAGCUGAGACUGCCGAGGCGGAUGUGGUUGAGGAUGUUGCUGAGCCUGCCGUCACCGCUGCUGUGGAGGAGGAGACCGCGGACGUCCCCACCACCGCCGUCGCUACCGAAGAAGGGACGCCCGCCAAGGGUGACAAAACCGAGAAGGCGGAGGUCGAGGAGGUUGAACCCGCAGAGGCGUCUAGUGAUGUCACGACCCCUGUUGCGAGCGCGACGCCGGUGGUUGCUUUAUAA